CAGUAGGUUUCCUUGCACAAAGGUUGUUUUGUUUUUUAACUGGAGGAAAUGUCAGCCCUCCCUCCACACUGUUCCCAGAGAGUCCAGGACCUGGAGGCUAGAAUGAGAGACGGAGGCUUAAGACUAUAAAACGGAGACAGAGGAGAUGAUUUCACGAUACAACAGAAGACCCGUAUCGCACAAACUUGAGAUUCGUGGGUUGUCCCGAAGCAGCCUAGACCACCACCCUCUCCCGGGGGAGGCAGAUGAUAAUGAAACCCCUCAGCGCUACCUCCAUGACCUCCAGGAAGCUGUCUCUGCUCACAACAGCUCUGACACGUCUGCUGCUUCUGGCCACUCCAACUGUCCCACCGUGAUCUCAGUAGACUCCAGCCAGUCCUGGUCAGGUAUCCACAGCUCCACAGGCACUGGCAUCUCCACAGAAAGGAGCUCUGUUUUCUCCUGGGGCUAUGAUGAGUUUGACAAAGCAGCGUCACGGCAGGUGCAGCAAAUGUUUGAGGAGAUCGACAAAGAGCUGUAUGAAGGGAGCGGCAGCGGAGGCGGGAUACUCCAGGGGCUGCAGGAUGAAUGUCAGCAGUGGGCUACACGUUUCCCUCAUCUUAGGAUUCUGGGGACUCAGCUGGUGUGUCCCAGUGACGAGGGCUUCCAGUGGUAUGCUACUUCAGGAGUAAGCAGCUCUGCCAGCAGCCCAUCAGCAGGCAAAGAGAACAGUGUAACGUCCCAGGAGAAAGAUAAGGGAGGCACGGAGUUGAAUGUGCAGGGCAGGAGAGCGGCACUCACUAAGUCCCUCUCAGCAGAGUGGGAAGAGCCUCCUGACACCUCCAGUGGCUCCAGCAGCCAUGACAAGCCGAGAGUGAUUGAAGUGGAGGGUCAGAUGGAGGAGUACCUGGCUUUUGAUAGCAGGGAUUUGGAGGAUGAGUGGGAACAGGACGGCCGAAGGUAUCACUGUCUGCCGCCUGUCUCACCAUACCGCUGUCGCCGUCAAGCCAUUUUGGACCUGCUGUUUGAUGACGUGUGGCAGCAUCUGGUUGGCUGGAUGAAAGAGCUGGUUCAACGCCACUGGGAAGGCUGCACCUCAAAUGAUGACAAGAUAUCUGGGAGCUUGAGCCCCGUGCAGCAAGACUCCCAGAAUCCCUUCAUGCUGCUGUCAAUCCUGCCUACGAUGCUGCCCAAACCAGGUCAGAGCAGGGUGCCCCCCCUCACGGCUGGCCUGCAGUUCCAGAACACAAAGUCAAAGGGCUCAAAGCACAAGUCCAGACGGAAACCCAAAAAGCAGAAAAGGCCUCCCAGUGCUGGACGGGUCCAAGUAGGAGCAGCAACGACCCAGCACAACCUCAACGACCUCAUUGUGAUCCACAGCAUCCCCCUGCAGCAGAGGAACCUGGGAAUGCUGGACAGAAACCAGGAGCCAGAGGAUCGAGCGUCCCACAGACCAGGCUCCAGCGUGGGCCCCUCCAGCAAACCUCGUCCUCGCAGAACCCUGGAGCAGAGCACUUCCUCGUUAUCCCGCCUGGCACUGUCCGCCCAGCGCAAAAACCCUCAUCCCAGAAACCUCCAGCCACUGGUUCCAAGCCCGAGCCAGUCCAUAGCAGCGGGAUCCCUGGAUGAGGUCAUCCGUGGGACACGUCUAACCACAGCCAGUGACCACCUGACAUCCCCACUGUCUUCUAUGAGGAGGAACACACUCCUUCCUCCCAUCAGUGCUGGAGACCCAGAGUCGUCUCUGUCAGCACAGCGGUCCAAACCUGCACAGCGACAGAAAGGUGCUGCCAGCCGCGCCCACAGUGCUAUAAAUGACAAGGCUGGCAGUUUAAUACCAAGGGAUCGUCACCACCUGCUGGAAGUCUUUUCUCGCCCCAACACCACACAUACAUACAGGUCAGACACUCCAUACCGUCGUUCCUUCACAGUGUUGGACAACAUCGGGCAGGGACGGACAGGGAGAGCGUCCGUGGGUACAGAUGCUCUUGGAAUUGGUGUGACCGGCGUCAGUCUUGGCAUCAGCAGCUCGUCUUUCUUGGACUCGUUUUCCCAUCACCCUUUGGGGCACUUGCCCAUCAAAGAUGAAGAGGAGCCAGACCCACAAGCCCCUGUCCCAGCUCCACUGGUGCCUGUGUCGCUUCCCCCUCGCUCUUACUCUCGGGGAGGAAUCUCAUCCAGAGCGAAAAGACCUGGUUUGUAGUCUGACUUCAAUCUCCCGACUCAUCAGCCAGUCACCUUUAUAAAGCACAACUAAGUACUACACUCUGCAGCAUCUGUGCCCUCUGAACUCUUUUUGUAGCAGAUUUUUUUUUCAUAUCAUGCUGCUUUGGUUAAGUUUUUUGUCAGGGGGGGGGGGGGGGAAAUGUUUUUGUAUUUCAGAAAUCAGCUAAUCUGGCUGCCAAACACAAAUAACUGUCAUAAAACACUGUAACAACUCUAUCAUCAUGUACAGUAUGAGCUUAUGGGCGGACGUUGGUACAAGUAAGUGAAUGUGUAUAUAUAUAUCUAUUUAUGUAUGAAUGCUCUGUACAUUAUCCUCUGUGGUGUGUUGUACUGAUAAAUGUCUAUGCAGGGAAUAACACAUCCACCCAGGCAGGGAUACUACGGAUUAAAAAGCACUUUUGCUCUCUCUGACAUUGAAGCAGAGGGUUUGGUACUGUAUCUUUUACAGGGUAUCACACAUCCAAACACCCUGUGUAAAUAAAAAAAAAAAAACUGGACCAGA